GAGAAGUAUUAUGAUGAUCGUAAUACUGUCAUCGUAUUUCAUCAUAAACCACAGUUUAUGACAGUUGUAAUCCUUCUCCACGAUUCUUUUCGUCAUAUAUUGAUGUAAACUGUAGUUUCCUACCGUGUGGGUUCGAUCUGGGAAUAGGCAAAUGAGAAAAAGCGUACAUUUCAAAUUUUUUUACUUUCUUUAAUUUGAAAUGUUUCCGAGUUUUGAACAUCUUGCCUUUCGAGAAUUAUAAAGAAUAACAAAAUGCAAAAAAAAAAACAAUAACAACUUCGAUAGCAAAGUUAGCUGAUCAUAUCUGACUGGUACCAGUAUCCCAUCUGAACUAUUAUGAAAAAAUGCACUACUCAAACUUUUUCGUUUGCCUCGAUAGAGAAUUACUCGAGCAUCAAAAACCUUGUUCUAAGAAUGCAUCAGUUCUAGAACUGGUGUCUGGAUAUCCGAGAAAACUAUUAACAGUCGCUCAGAGUUGUGGAACGUCUCAUUUUGUAGAGAAAUGCUCAUUCUACAAAACUCAAUGGUUCAAGAAAUUCAUUAUAUCGAAAGUACAAGGAACUGUUGGACUUUCGGCACACUUAACUUUAGAAUGUCUUGAACCACUGAGUUUUGUAGAGCGAAAAUGGGACGUCCCACAGCUCCAAAUGACUGUUAAUAAUUUUCCAGGAUACUCAGACACCUGUUUUUUGGUUUUCUCCAAAUUUUAGACACUGUAAAUCAUAUUUUUGUUUUUAGGAGAAGGAAAUAUCAAUAAUUUGAAUAUAAUUAACAAAUGGAACGGCAUUUCUGAAUUACAAUAUUGGGGUACUAAAUAUUGUAAUCAAAUUAAUGGUACCGAUGGUACUUGGUUUCCUCCACUAUCAUCAUCUGAUCAUUCACGACGUCUUUAUAUGUAUUCUUCUGAUAUUUGUCGUUCUGUUUAUGCAACUUAUGAAUCAAAAUCAACUGUAAGAGGUAUUUCAACAGAUGUUUACUCUAUUCCUGCAGAAGUAUUUCAAAAUGGAACAUUAAAUCCGGAUAAUGCUGGUUAUGGUAAUCUUGAUUCUGGUAUUUUAAAUGUAAGUCAAUGUAAAGAAAAUGCACCCAUUAUUAUGUCAUUACCACAUUUUUUAUAUGCUGCUGAUCAAUAUCAAGAAAGAAUUGAUGGUUUAGAACCAAAUGCUGAUGCACAUCGAACAGUUUUAAAUGUUGAACCACAUACAGGACUUAUAUUACAGGCAAAUAAACGUUUACAAAUUAAUAUAUUUUUACAACAUAAUCCAUAUUUUCAAGAUUUAUCUCAUUUAGAUGAUAUUAUUAUUCCUACUAUAUGGAUAAAUGAAUCAACAACGAUUGAUGAACAAACAGCAAAAGAUUUAAAAUCAAAAUUAUUACGAUAUUAUCCAAUUGUGCAUUAUACAGGACUAGGAUUAACUAUUCUUGGCUGUAUUGGAUUAUUUUUACUUAUUAUUAUAAUAUUUCGACUCUAUCAUCCAAAAUUUAAAAAUGAAAAACAACUUAUUCAAGUAAAUAUUAAUGAAACACAACAAACAGAAACGACACCAUUAUUAUUCAAUACAUAA